AGCUGUCUUCGGAGAACUUCCAAGGUAGAACAUCUUGCGUUGUCGCUUCGGUCAAAUAACGUGGUUCAGCUGCGCAUUGCUUCACACAAACAAGCACACACACAAACACACACAGUCAGCAAAAAAGGGAGACACGUUAACAGAAAUGCCUGCGUUGAAGCCGUUGUUGGUCUUCGGUCUUCGCGGCACGCUGAUGGAGCGCAUUCACGUUCGCAAUGUCCCAGAGAAUAUGCCGGCGCCAGACCUCACUGUCGGCACCAGCAAAGUUUGGCUGCGGCCGCACAUGAUGGAGGUGCUGCGGGCACUGCAGCCGCACUGUCGCCUGGCUAUUUGGAGCUCGACGACGGCGCGCAACUCGCACCCGCUGGUCAGCGCAGUGUUUGACUCCUAUUUGCAGUCUCCCGCCGCAGCGGCGGCAUCGGUGACUCGAUCAGAAAGCAGUAGGGGAGGUGGGUUUGCGAAGACUCCGGUGCCGCCAACAGCAGCACCCUCCGCUACUGCUGCUGCUUCUGCGAGUGAAACGAGCAGCGGUCGUGGUGGUCGCUUUGACAAGAAGAAAAAGGCGUCACCCGCGGAGGAAGCUGUGACAGAGGAGGCCGCUGCGCUUGCCCCGAUUCGUUUUGAGUUUGUGUGGACGCGGGAGCACACCCGGGCCGACGACUUCCGCCGUCUGAACGCGACCGUGCUGGACGACAACCACGCCACCGUGAAGGACCUCUCACAGCUCUUCGCGCAGUUCCCCGCGAUCGCACAGCCGGAGAACACCGUCCUUAUUGACGACACCCCAAGUAAGGCGAAGAUGCACGCCGACAACUACUUGUGGCUGGAUACAUGCCAGGGGUUGAACGUGACGGAAACGAACGGGAUGCGGCGGCUGCAGGAGUUUGUGAUGCAGGAGCUUGUGCCGGCGAGGGACGUGCGAGACGUGCUGUGUCGACGCAUCCGCAACGAUUAA